AUGAGUCUUAAACGUGUUGUAGUUACUGGUUUAGGUGCUUACACUCCAUUGGGUGCCAAUGUCGCAAAAUCCUGGGCUGGACUUUUGGCUGGUAACCAGUCUUUAAUACCCUUAAGCGAUUUUUACAAUCGAGAUGAGUUUGCCAAAUUGCAAAAGUUGGUGCCACUUGACACUGUGGUUAGCAGACAACAUGCCAAUCCUCUAGAUACGUUUCCCAAUUAUGAUCAACGAAGAACCACCCCUGCUCAUCAAAUAGUGCUAGAAAAGACAAGAGAAGCAUUGACGCAUGCAAAACUGCUAAAAGAAGAAGAUCAGGAUGAUAGCACAGAGUUACUUUGGGAUCUAGAUAAGACUCGCGUGGGCUGUGUUAUCGGUACAGGAAUGCCUUCUAUGCCCGACUUACAGUCUACAAUAUCAACCCUAUUCACAAAACCUAAAGUGUCGCCAUUCUUGAUUCCUCGUGUGUUGCCAAAUAUGGCCACAGGUAACGUAAUGAUCAAAUAUGGGUUCCAAGGCCCCUCCAGUUGUCCCUCGACCGCAUGUGCAACAGGAAAUUCAAGCAUCAUAGAUGGUUUCAACAUGAUUCAAUUGGGACUUGCGGACUUGAUGAUUUGUGGUUCGUACGAAUUCAGCAUAGACCCUAUUUCUAUUGCUGGGUUCUACCGGUCGAAAGCCAUCAGCAGAAAACACCAAACAAGACCGUUUGACGUCGAGAGAGAUGGGUUUGUGAUGGGAGAAGGUUGUGGAAUCCUAAUUCUAGAAUCGUGGGAUUCUGCCACCUCAAGAGGUGCUCCAAUAUUGGCAGAAGUUAAAGGCGCUGGUAUGAGUAACGACGGUCAUCACAUCACAACUCCCUUACCUGAUGGAUCUGGUGGGAAACUAGCGAUGGAAAAUGCUUUGAAGAGAGCAAACCUUACCCCGGACAAAAUCGGAUACAUUAACGCCCAUGCCACUUCUACGCAACUCGGAGACCUUGCAGAAAGCACUGCUAUCGUUAAUAUUUUCGGAACAAAAGACACUGGAAAAGCGCCAUUUGUUAGCAGUAAUAAAGGCCAUAUUGGCCACUUAUUGGGAGCAUCUGGAUCGGUUGAAUCAAUCUUCACAAUUUUAGGUUUGCAAAAUGGUAAAUUCCCCCCAAAUCUCAACUUACAGAAGCUCGACGAAUCCUCAACAAUAAACGAUGUGAAUCUCAUUCGCGAUUCCACACUUACAGAUGACACCAUCGAAUACGCUAUAACGAACUCUUUUGGAUUUGGAGGAGUCAACACUUCCAUACUAUUUGCGAAGGUACAUUAA